ACUUUGGCUACGCUAUUUCUUUCAUCCUCAUCCUCAAUUUCAUUGCUGUCGUUGUAGAAACAACGCUUGAUAUCGAAGAAAGCUCGGCUCAGAAGCCAUGGCAGGUUGCUGAGUUUGUCUUUGGUUGGAUAUAUGUCUUGGAGAUGGCUCUGAAGAUCUAUUCAUAUGGAUUUGAGAAUUAUUGGAGGGAGGGUGCAAACCGAUUUGACUUUCUAGUCACAUGGGUCAUAGUUAUUGGGGAAACGGCUACCUCAUAACUCCAGACGAGAACACUUUCUUCUCAAACGGAGAAUGGAUCCGGUACCUUCUCCUUGCAAGAAUGUUGAGACUGAUAAGGCUUCUUCUGCACGUCCAGCGAUACCGAGCAUUUAUUGCAACGUUCAUAACUCUUAUUCCAAGUUUGAUGCCAUAUUUAGGGACCAUUUUCUGCGUGCUGUGUAUCUACUGCUCUAUUGGCGUACAGGUCUUUGGUGGGCUUGUGAAUGCUGGGAAUAAGCAGCUCUUCAAAACAGAAUUGGCUGAGGAUGACUAUCUAUUUAUGGAUGGAGAGCUACAAAGAUUUGACGGGGACAUGGUGGAGCAUACGUAUUUCGUUGUUGCUUUUGUCUUGGAGGCGUUCUUUGCUGAGCUAGAUCUUGAGGAAGAAGAAAAAUGUCAAGGGGAGGAUUCUCAAGAAAGAAGAAACCGACGUCGAUCUGCAGGGACAAAGUCUAGGAGUCAGAGAGUUGAUACACUUCUUCAUCACAUGUUGGGUGAUGAACUCAGCAAACCAGAGUGCUCCACUUCUGACACAUAAAAGAAAAAGGAUCGUUAAAAGGUUGUUUUCAUAUUUAUACUUUUAUUGUGAAUCUUGAUUCUAUAUGGAGAGAUCAAAUAGAAUCUAGAAGGUGACUACAUUUUUCUUCUUUUGAGUGAAGAUUUAAUAUAAAACGAUUGAGUUAUAGUAUGAUUUUUUUGGCUUCUCGUGUGCUUAGUUAGUACUUUGUAGUACUGUUUGUAAUGAAAACAUAUGAGCACA